AUCCCUUACAUGCUGCUGUUCAAUACCUAAAUCCUAAUUAUAAACAAAUAAAUUCUAAAAGAAUGAUAUUCUGUACUAAAUGCAAAUGCAAUCACCCUGAUGAUCAAUUUACUUGGGAUGGUAUAUAUCACAAGACAUGUAGGAGGUGUAAGGAGAACCGUGAUCGAAGGAAUAAAGAGCGCAUGUCACCAGCUAGAAUCGCAGAGGAUAUGCCAGGAGAAUCGCAAGAACAUGUCAGUGAUAUCACGCGAAUCAAAAUUAACUAUCUUGAUGUGGGGGACUUCGUCGAACAUGAGAUCCGAGAUUUAACAGCUGGCGCAAAUAUUGAUAGAAUAGCUGACGUAGCUUAUAAGACUCACUUACUGGUACAAUUAGACAUUGCCAUCACUCAAAACAAGACAGCAAAGGAGAUGGCUGAUCUUGUAAUUGCAGAAGUUGAAGGUGGUGAUGAUUAUUCAUGGAAAAAAUUCGGAAAUGCAGUCGGUCAUUUUUCUUAUUUGUAUUAUCAAUCGAAAAACGCACAGGAUGAAGAUAUUAUAACAGUGGAUAUAUAUCAUGAAUUUCUCCAUCCGCGUCCUAACCUUUGCAUUGAGAUGCCCAAUGAACUACGGGAAGAGAUCAAUACACAUUCGCACCUUACUUACUCUUCCAAGCGCAUUUACUUCUGGAAGUCUAUAGCAGGCCGGAAGUUAUUCCAACGUUAUGAUGACCACGUUGAAUCCGCUCGCAAGUUGCUCAAUGAAUACGAUAGUCAUAGUUUCCAUUUGUGCCUUGAUAUAAAAGAUUCGGAGAUCACAGCUAUCAGUUUUACUACACCGUUGCUGAACGAAAUCAAGAAUUACAGCAUUAAUAUUACUGAGAUAUACUUAAAUGUCACUUAUAAAACUGCAUGUGGACACUAUGAACUUUAUGGUGUCAUAGCAAAA